GUCGACUCUGCGACUUGCGGCCAAGCGCGCGCGCGACGCGACCAGUGCGCAUCUGACACGCCGGACGCUCGUUCGUCCUUGCGCAAUAGCGGCGCGCCAUUCGCUGCACCGCAGCAGGGAGAACUGGCAAGGCUAUAUUAGCACAGGACCCAGCCUCUCAAUAGCGGCGCCGCGACGCCGCCGCAGCGCCGUGCCUGAGCAAUACCGCACGUGCGCCUGACCGACCAAACACGAACAUGUCCCUCUAUGACCGCCAGAGGUCGUCAGUCGUCGCCCUCAAGGGCCAGGGCGCGCCCGACCACAUCUCGCGGACGCCGGGGCAAGAGGUCGCGCAGAUCGAGGCCGAGCUGCGGACGCUCGGGGUGCGAAAGGGCCACAAGUGCCCCUUCUGCCGGCUGCCCGUGCCGGACAAGCUGCGGUGGAAGACGCAGGGCGGCGGCAAGGACUGCCCGCUCAUGUACCGGGGCAACUGCCCGAACGCCAAGCCCAGGGCGAACGCGUUGGGCCGGCGCCUGCGGACUCUUCGGGAGGCCGCAGAGGCCGAGGCAGUCGCCGACAACCUCGUGAGCGCUUACCGAGGCGUCGCCGAGGCCGAGGUCCAAGACGAGGCCGAGAUCGUCUGGAGCGCGCCGGCGGACGCGGAGGACGACGAGGAACCGGCGGCGCGGAAGAAGCGCUGCGCCUGCGUCAAGGACGACGGCACGCGCUGCCGCGAGCUUGUGCUCGGCGCCGACGACUGGGACGCGUCCAUGGGCGACUGGGACCCGGAGCGCUACUGCUCGCAGGACUGCGCGCGGGCCGAGGAGCGACGCGCGGCGCGGAUCCUCGCGGAGCGCGCGCCGGCGCCCGCGCCGUCGACGAAGCCGAAGCGGCCGCUCCAGCGGUCGCACGACGGCGGCCUCGCGGGCAUGAUCGCGGCCUGCGCGAAGGCCCCCGAGGAGGCGGCGGCGGAGGAGACGUCCGAGGACGAGGACGAGGACGAGGACGACGACGAGUCCUCCGUCGACGACGACGCGGCGGUGGCGCCGCCGGCGCCGGGCCGCGUCGUCGGGAGAGUGCGCAAGUGGGACGGUCACAAGGGCUGGAUUCGCGUCGACGGCGCGCAGCGGCAGAAGGACGCGCCCGACGGCCGGGGCAACCAGGAGGCCUUCCUCGAGCGGAAGCAAGUACGCGGCGGCGUCGCGCUCCGGGACGGCGACCGCGUCGAGUUCACGCUCACGAAGGCGGCCCGGUUCAAGAACUUCACGGCCGUCGACGUCGCCCCCGCGGCGGCGGCCGCGGCGGCGGCCGCGCCGGCGAGGGCGUCGGGCGACGCGUUCGUCGACGCACUCUAUGCCUACAUCGUCGGCCAGGGCAAAACGCGCAUCGAGGGCGGCGCCCUGAGCCUCUUCUGGGAGGCGCACCCCUCUGUGCCGCGGCCGAAGCGGACGGCCGCGCACAUCAAGGCGCACGGCGGUGGUUUGCUACGCUUCGUCGAGGACCAGGGGGGGCACAACCACAUCGAGAUCGUCGGCGAGGGCGCGUCGGCGCCGGCGCCGGCGCCGCGGGCGCCGCCGGGCUCGCGCGCGGCCGGCACGGUCGCGUGGUGGAAGGGGCCGCGCGGCGCCGGCCACGGCUUCAUCAUCCGCGAGACGGGCCAGGAGGACCUCUUCGUCCACGAGAGCGGCCUCGGGGCGGGCCUCGCGGGCCUGCGGACGGGCGACCGCGUGACGUUCCGCGUCGGCCGCGCCCCGAACGGCCGCGACACGGCGCUGGACGUGGCGCGGACGGCCGCGGCGCCGGCGGCGGUGGCGGCGGCGGUGGCGGCGCGGCCGAACCCGCCGGCGCGCGCGGCCGAGCCCACGGCCGGCGCGACGCACGCCAGCCACCGCGCCACGCAGCACGAGGUCGAGGCGGUCGCAGCUAGAGUUGCGGCGGGUCUCUUCGCCGCCGACGGGCCCCUUCCGAUCAACCAGUUCGCCGCACGCUUCAAGCGGCGGCUGCGCGAGAACGAGCGGCGCCUCGACGCGGACUCGCAGCAGCGGGCCUGGGCCUACGCGGAGUCGACGCUCGUCACGCUGGACCGCUCGCGUCGAGUGGUCGGAGUGAGGGAUGACGCGGGCGCGGCGGCCGAGGCGCGCGCGCGCCAGCGGGGCCGCGAGCGGCGCGCCUACUACGGGACCGGCGGCGGCCUGUCGGAGGACCAGCUCCUCGCGCGGGCGCUCGAGGCGUCGCGCGCCGAGAACUACGCGCCGCACGUGCAGGGGCCGUCGCCGCUCGACGCGGCCGGCGAGGAUGAGGCUCUCAUGCGCGCGCUGGAGGCGUCGCGCCAGUCGUACGAGCGCGAGCAGCGCGCGCAGCCGGCCUACGCGCAGCCGACUUAUGCGCCGCCGCCCAAGGCCGAGAGCGUCCCGCCGACGUACUCCUCGUCCUUCUUCUCCGCGCCGCCGCCGAUGCCGCCGCCGCCGCCCGCGCCGCCGGUGCACAGCGGCGGGUCGUCGGCGUCGGAGUUCGAGGCCCGCAUCGUCUCGGCCGGUUUGGCCCGGAUCCUUCCCGACCUCAAGAAGGAGGAGAUCUGCGACCUCGACACGCUCUCCUCCUUAGAAGAGGACGACCUGAAGGAGCUCGGGCUGGCGGUCGGGGCGCGCGUGAAGCUCAUGCGCCUCAUCAGAGAGCUGUCUGCGUAAGUUAUAUGAUGUUA